AUCCAGCAAUUCACGAUUCAAGAUUCACGUGAUUUUGAGUCAAGAGUUUUGGAGUGCAUCGUGCGAUUCGGAUGAUGAAAGGUCCGCGGUCCGCGUUGCCAAGCGUCAAGCUAGACGAACCGGCUGAUCGGCACGAUUUUGAGCUCACUCAAGACUCGAUUCGGUUUGACGUUGUUGCAUUCACCACUCACUCACCUCAUUCACAUUUCACUUCAAUCGUCGAGAGUCGCGGCAACGUCUGAACGAGAUGCAGCGGCGGCAUGCGGUGUGAACUUUGCAGUUGUGACAAAAGAGCCUUGUCCUUGAACGGGGUCGGGCCAAUGGAGCCCUCCAGCGAUCCAGAUCCUGCUCACCUCCGUUCCCGAGGUAUAAUGUCUCUACUACGUCCGCCGCUUGAAGCUCAAAAGGGAAAGCCGAGGGGUGACAUGCGCCGUUUACCAAUGGAGAAAGGGAUGCUGAAAUGGCAUUCUGAUGAGGCAUGCGAUCAUGAUCGCAUUGCAUACAAGAUUCACGAUUUGAGAUUCACAAUUUGGAAUUCUGAUUGGCUGCUUGAAGCAAUGCCCUCGUGCACGCAAGGCCGAACAACCUCUCCUCAAUCACAUUCAACCAACUCGUUUCUUUCAUUCAAGAUUGACCAUUUGACCACAGGAGAGAGGAGGCGUGCGAUCAACUGCGGAAUAUCAUGGACCCUGCACUCACUACAUAUACAUUACAGCGCACGUCUGCUGCUGGAUGGCAACGCUGACACCGGUAGCAAUGGCACGGCGAGCAGCGGUCAUGUGCAGCGGCCCCAUGCACCUGCAACUUGGCCUUUCUGCAUGUCAGCGACAAGGAUUCACGAUGGUAAGCCCUCUCUCUCACUUGAAGUUGUAGCAGCGGGCGGGGAGCAAGAAAGAGCAGCUUGGCGGACCUGGCUCCCCCGGCCUUUGGUUAGUCAACCCUUGUCGGUGAUGAACAGCCAUCAUCAUCGCUGAGGCUCGGCCUCGGCCUCGGCCUCGGGGUGAGGGGAUUGCCCUGCGAACCCUU